AUGAUGACGCCAGACACGGCCAACGUCGGGUGUGUCGCGUCGUCCCCGGUGAGCAGCUACCCGACGUACACUCCGCCGCCGCCGCUGCCCGCACGAAAUUCCGUGAGGAACACCCCUUCCACUGCAAUGCAACGAACGUUUCACACUGAGUGUGACGAAGUGCUCCGAUUAAUUCGUGAAGACGGGCUGACGCGAUCUGCGUCGGAAAAAUCAAGCGGCGCCAUGUGUGUGCCACGCAGCUCAACGCAUGAAAAGUACAGGGCGAUCCUCGAUGAGGUGGAGCACCUCAACAAACUACUGGAGGUAACCGUCGAGGAACGGGAUGACGUGGAGGGAGAGCUGCAGGGCAAGCUGACGCAGAUGGAAAUGGCGCUUCGUGAGAGCGACAGGGAGCUACAGGAGAAGGACGAGGAACUUAUGCACCUGCGCGGUGUCGUGGAGUCUCUGAGGACGCAACUGGAGAAACUCACCACUGAAGUGGUGAGGCGCGGCAGCUGCAGCUAUGGCAAUGGCAGUGACACUGUCGCUGCGCGCGAAGCGGGCGGAGGUCCAAGCACGGUUGUUGCAGAUGUCGCACCAGGGGAAAGGCCUGCAACCGCGCUGGAUCGCCUUGCACAGAGCUCCUUGAGGUGGGUCGAGUUUCUGUUAAAGCGGUGCUUUUCCGUGGACGACAGGGCUGAUGGGAAGUUAACGCAUCUGCUGGGCCUGCUGAAUGAAUUGGGGGAGUGUGGCAGCGAACCCGGCCUGGACGCCCCCACGGUGCGGUCACUGUGCACCCAAGUCUCAAACUGUCUGAUAGAGGUUGCUGAGAAAGGUGCCCUUGGGCGGCGCCACUUAGACUCCGACGCGUUGGACCUGCCAACUGCGACGGAGGGUCGCGUUUCAGGUGAGCAGGAAAAUCUUCUCCGGCGACAGGUUGCGGGGCUGGAGGCAGAGCGGGAUGCCCUCCGGCAGGAGGCAAGCAUCAUCGCCGAGGAGAAUGUUCAGCUGCUGCGUGAAUUGAAGUCACGAGAGCUCCCUUCACCGGGGGCGUCAUCGCCUUCAGCCCGCGUGGAUGGCUUGAAGGUUCAGAACGCCACGUUGGUGGCGGAGCGAAAGCGGCAGGCCGCCCUCAUCCAAGAGCUUCGGCUGCAAGUCGAGAAACUGGAGGAGGAAAAGAAGGAACUGCAGACCAAAUUUGUCCAUCAGGCGGAGUCACUUAGACGGCAUGAACGUGUUUUGCACUUUAUUUCGCGGCACGAGCGGGGGGACAAAGGCGACAACGGUGGCAGCAAUAUACUACACACAACUUUGGCACAAUGA